UUGUUACUAUGUUACUUUGUUACUCUGUUAUCUUGUUACCUUGUUACCCUGUUUCCUUGUUACCCUGUUACCUUGUUACUCUAUUACCCUGUUACCUUGUUACCGUGUUACUCUGUUACCUUGUUACCGUGUUACUCUGUUACUCUGUUACCUUGUACUCUGUUUCCUUGUUAGCCUGUUACCUUGUUACUCUGUUACCUUGUUACUUUGUUACUCUGUUACCUUGUUACCUUGUUACUCUGUUCCCUUGUUACCUUGUCAACCCGUUACGUUGUUACGUUGUUACCUUGUUACUCUGUUACCUUGUUACCUUGUUACGUUGUUACUCUGUUACCUUGUUACCUUGUUACUCCGUUUCCUUGUUACCCUGUUACCUUGUUACUCUGUUGCCUUGUUACCUUGUUACUCUGUUUCCUUGUUACCCUGUUACCUUGUUACUCUGUUACCUUGUUACCUUGUUACCCUGUUACCUUGUUACUCUGUUACCC